AUGUCGUCAAACGAGGACGAAGGGGAUGGCUCCAGUUACCUCCAGAACGCAAAAAAGCGCAGAAUCCAACGGGCGUGUGACAUAUGUCGGCGCAAGAAGAGCGAUGGCAGUCAGAUGCCUGGGAAUCGAUGCUCAAACUGCAUCGCAUACAGCUUUGAAUGCAGUUACGUCGAGGCGGCGAGGAAGCGUGGCCCACCAAAAGGAUAUGUCGAGAGUCUGGAAAACCGUUUAGAGAAAAUGGAAAAGCUGCUCAAGAGACUCUAUCCAGACGGCGAUUUCUCGAAAGAUCUUGAUCAAUUCUUCGAGACCAGCGGCGAGGCGGGAACACCUAUCUGCGCGCCCAUGUCACCGGAUCCGAACCUAUCUAAAUCCCCCACCGAGUUCGCGUCUAAUGUGAUUCGAUCCAUGGGCGAAGUCCAAUCGAGGACAAUCAUCCCCGACGACGACGACGAUCUGGGUCAUGUCGUUCUGGAGGAGGACCUAGGGGGACUUGAAAUUACUGAUCAGAUACGAAACCGCUUUUUCGGCAAGUCAAGCGGCGCCAUGUUGCUGCAAGCUGCGAUGGACCUCAAGGACGAAUACACCGGCCAACCAAAGAGGGCCUUUCCGCAUCCGAAUAUCUUGUCUCGCAGACGUGAUGAAUUCUGGUCGCGACCCGACUGGGAACCUUUCGUCUCAGAGCCCAAGAAUCCCGAUUACAUUUUCCCCGACCCCGACCUCAUACCGCCCCUUGUUGACGCCUAUUUCAAGUAUUAUAACAUAUUCUUCCCGCUACUCCAUCGACCUACUUUUGAAAGGGGUAUAGCAGAAGGGCUACAUCUCACUAACGACACUUUCGCUGGAGUCGUGUUACUUGUCUGUGCCAACGGUGCUCGGUACUCUAAUGACCCCCGCGUCCUCCUUGAAGGCAACUCACCACAUUCUUCCGGUUGGAAAUGGUUUACCCAAAUACAGAUGGUACGAAAGUCACUCCUUGCUCCGCCAACACUGUACGAUUUGCAAUUUUAUUGCCUAACCGUUCAAUUUUUACAAGGAUCAUCCGCCCCUCACGCCUGCUGGAUCAUGGUCGGAAUAGGUAUACGCCUAGCUCAAGACGUAGGUGCCCAUAGGCGCAAAGCACACACGCACAAGCUCUCCGUCGAAGAUGAACUGUGGAAACGUGCAUUUUGGGUUCUCGUCGCAAUGGACAGAGUUAUCAGCACGAUCCUUGGUCGGCCUGUUGCCAUUCAGGAUGAGGACUUUGAUCUGGACUUACCGAUGGAAGUGGACGACGAAUAUUGGGAGCACCCUGAUCCUGACCAAGCGUUCAAGCAACCUCCCAAUAAACCGUCUUUGGUAACCUUCUUUAAUUGUUAUCUCCGCCUCAAUCAAGUUCUAGGGAUUGCUCUGCGUACUAUUUACUCUAUCAAUAAAUCCAAAAUUCUCCUAGGAUUUGUAGGGGCACAAUGGGAACAACACAUCGUCGCCGAGCUAGACUCUGCUCUGAACAAAUGGGUCGAUUCUGUACCAGACCACCUUCGAUGGGACCCAAAUCGAGAGGAUCUGGACUUCUUCUCCCAAUCCGCCAUGCUCUACACCCAUUACUAUCACUUGCAGAUCCUCAUCCAUCGGCCAUUCAUUCGGAAGCCGUCCCCCCUCGCUUUUCCAUCCAUGGCGAUAUGCACCAAUGCCGCGCGAACGUGUAGCCAUAUCGUUGACAUCAACUCUCGCAGGUGUUUGGAGCCUCAGCCGCAUCUCAUGUCCGCGGCAUUCACCGCGGGCGUGGUGUUGCUGCUGAACAUUUGGGCUGGUAAACGGUCGGGUUUGACUACGGAUCCCAAGAAAGAGAUGGCGGACGUACACAAGUGCAUGAAGAUGCUUCGGAGCAGCGAGAAACGACAGGAUCCUGACUGCUGGUCGUCUAUGGUUGGGCGCUAUUAUCUCUACACGUACCUCCCCACUGACCUUCCUUCUAGGGACAUUCUGUACGAGCUGGCGAGUGUUGGCGACCUUCCUUUACCACAAGCAAGCCCUGCUCCCAAUAAACGUGAACGCGGCUCAGACAGUCCGGCAUCUUCCACCACCGAAGACGCGAGCGUCACCAUGUCGCCGCCCAACAUGCCCCGAAGCUUGGCUGGUUCGCGGCGGAUCGCUAGCAAAGACCCGAUUUCGUUAUCUUCUCGAGGUACGUCAACCAUGGGGCUGCCCAUACACAGCGAAGAGCUCGGUCGACUCCCCUUGCACGGAGAAGCGGAUCCCAAUAGCUUGAUUCGGACCGACAACGAUAUGCAGGCUGGCACCUCGACCGCGAACGCAAAUGCAAAUGCCAACGGCUUCUGGUACCCUUCCUUCGCCCCUCAGCCUCCCAAUAUGCCAGGUCCUUCGUCCAAUUUGGGCCCCGUUCCUUCGGGCGAACUGUCGUUGGCCGAUCAAACCAUUUAUGAACAGCUCAUGAUGACGACGAUGAGGAUGCCUUAUAACCAGCAGUAUCAGCAACCCUUGUCCGAUCCCACUCUAGUUAAUAAUCGACCACUCGACCCCCUGAUGAUGCAGACUUCUCCCUCCAUGCCGCAACAGAUGACCUUGGAUCCUGAUACGAUAGCCAUGUGGACGAACGCGCCAUCGGGCUUCGAGCUGGAUGACUGGGGACAGUACCUUUCGAACGUCAGCGAGUUGACGCAGGGAAUGCCUCCUUCGGGGGACCCAAAUAUUCGAUAA